AUGAACAGAUAUCCUUCUUCUUCCAAUGAAUGCGACGAGAAGAAGGAUGAGAAAACCGACCACCAAAAAGACCGAGUAGUAGUAAAGAUGAGACGAAAGAAGCAAAAAGCGUUCUUAGCGUUAGAACAGCAGCACCGGACGAUGGGAAUGAGGACUUCGAGCAACCGGAAAGUGGACAAACCGUUAGUGUUCUUUGCCGCUUUGAUUUUGUGUCUGGUGAUUUUCGUGGAACUGAAAACGAGUCCGAGGAAAAUAGCGCGGAGAGCGAUGGAAUCUGUGGAGCACUUAUUUCAUUACGUGGAGAAAGGAGGAGACGUGCACGCGCAAAUGUUGCGUUGGCGAGGGUGGCACUCGUUAGAGGUUGGAGUGGAGAUCGCGUGCGCGUUGACGCUGGCGUUUUUGAAUUGGUUGCUCUUCGCGAGCUUGUUCGACGUGGCGGGGAUCGUCGUCGGGUUGAUUCCGGCGAUGGCGACGUUUCUCGGGGUUUUGGUGUUUAGGUUUCACGCGCGGUCGUAUUUCGUGUUAGCUUUGAUACCGUUAGUGGUAGUUCCGGCGAUUGGGUGCGCGAAGCUUUUAGAGAGGAGGAUGCGGGUGAAGGAGGAGAGGAGGAUGAAGGCGAGGAAAGAGCGAAGACGCGAGCAGAGGAUGGCGAGAGAGACGAGGCAUCAGAAUGGUUUUGUGGCGAACGAUAAUAAUAAUAAUAAUAUGAAUAAUAGCGAGGAUUUAACGAGAGCGAGUGGGCGCACGACGAUAGAUGCGACGGUCAUGCGUAGAGCGAUGAGUCAGGGGGAGUUGAGUCCAACGACGCGCGUGGUGAGUUCGUCUGGGAUGAAUCCGUCUUUGUCAGCGGCCGCGGCGAAUGGAACGAUUAAAGGUUUCAACGCCCUCAGUAAUGGUAAUGGUGGAGGAAAAGCAGCACCAAUCAUGCCGGCAAAAGUGAACGCGUUAGCUGGUCAACCGCGACACGCGCGCGGCUCGUCCGCUCCCGAGCUAGGAUUUAACCAGCUCUCCUCUUCUUCUUCUUCUUCUUUGCAACGACAACAACAACAACAACCAGGAGAAGGAGCACAAAAUACCGCCGCUGGACCACACUCUACACCAUCUCCAUACUUUGGUGCAAACAUUCCGGAUUUAGGUGGCGUCGAGCAAAACGCCCCGCCGGUUCCGAAACUCCAAAACCCGCUCCCCUUUGCGAACGCGACCGCCACCAACGUCGCCGGAGGAGCGAGUGGAGGAGGAGGAGAAGGACCAAACCGCCCGACGACAAACCUCCUCAACGCGAACCCCUCGCGAACAGCGAAACGAUUCAACGUCCGAAAACCAAACUUGGAAACCAUACACUCGCCGUUAGGUACCACCGCGGGGUCGACGGGGGCAAACAACGUAGGAGAGGAAGAAAUUUUAGGACGAGCGGGGAGUCACCAGUGGGAAAACGACGACCAGUUGAAAACGAAAGUAGAAGAAAGCAACAACAUCGACGCGCUACAAAACGGCAAAAACGAGAACGAUAUAAACGAUACUAAAGAUAGAAACGACGCAGUUUAA